GGGGGGAGAGACUGGCUCGGCCCACGUGCGGAGCCCCUAGGGGAGCCAGCUGUGCGCGAACCGCUGCUGGGCCCCACCCGGGGCUACUGGGCCUGGUGUGAACGGUGUCUACAAGCCUAAUGAGGUUCCAGCUCGGAGGUAGGAGGUGGAUCAGCAAGCAAGUGGUGGCAAGAGGCUCUUCCACCUUCCUCGGAAGUGCCUGUUCCUGUAUCUAGUGGACGUCGCCUCUGAACUAGCAUGUGGUAGUUCUCACAUUCCUGCAGGCACAUCUCUGACUUCAGGAAGGAUUUAUUGAAGACCUGGUGUAAUGGCCAUGCAAAUGCAAUAUGAAGCAAAUGCAGAUACAUCAGCAGAGGAAGAGAGCUUUGGUCCCCAGCUGAUAUCUAGGCUAGAGCAAUGUGGUAUAAAUGCAAACGAUGUGAAGAAGUUAGAAGAAGCUGGAUUUCACACAGUUGAGGCUGUUGCUUAUGCACCGAAGAAGGAGCUACUUAAUAUUAAAGGCAUCAGUGAAGCAAAAGCUGACAAAAUCUUGGCAGAAGCAGCUAAACUAGUUCCGAUGGGUUUUACCACAGCAACAGCAUUCCAUCAGCGGAGGUCAGAGAUCAUCCAGAUCACCACUGGGUCCAAAGAACUCGAUAAACUGCUUCAAGGGGGAAUAGAGACAGGGUCCAUAACGGAGCUGUUUGGGGAAUUCCGCACUGGGAAGACACAGCUGUGUCAUACACUGGCAGUAACCUGUCAACUUCCCAUUGACCGAGGCGGUGGUGAAGGAAAGGCUAUGUACAUUGACACAGAAGGCACGUUCCGUCCUGAACGUCUGCUUGCUGUGGCUGAAAGGUAUGGCUUAUCUGGCAGUGAUGUUCUCGAUAAUGUAGCAUAUGCUCGAGGGUUUAACACAGACCAUCAGACCCAGCUCCUGUAUCAGGCAUCUGCUAUGAUGGCAGAAUCAAGGUAUGCACUGCUGAUAGUGGACAGUGCCACAGCCCUUUACAGAACUGAUUACUCUGGCCGGGGUGAGCUGUCAGCCAGGCAGAUGCACCUGGCUAGAUUUCUGCGGAUGUUGCUUCGACUUGCAGAUGAGUUUGGUGUGGCAGUUGUGAUCACAAACCAGGUGGUAGCACAAGUGGAUGGAGCAGCCAUGUUUGCUGCAGACCCUAAAAAACCUAUUGGAGGGAACAUCAUAGCACAUGCCUCAACCACCAGGCUGUAUCUGAGGAAAGGUCGAGGUGAAACCAGAAUAUGCAAGAUUUAUGACUCUCCUUGCCUUCCUGAGGCUGAAGCCAUGUUUGCUAUUAAUGCUGAUGGUGUUGGAGAUGCUAAAGACUGAGAAACCCAUUCCAUUUCAUUUGUAACUUGAGUCUUCUGGCCAAAGGAGGCUGCAUUCUCUUUAUGAUCUCAACUCUUAGUUGCUCCCUUGCAGUCACCAUGAAAAGGCUGUCUGAGGAAACUGUCACAGCUUAGCAGAUACAUCUGGGACGCAUCAGGUGCAGCUAACUGGUUGGUGGAAUAUUUUCUUGGGGCUGCAGUUGCAUAACACUCUAACAUGGUUUCUUCAGAAUAUGCACGGGACUUCUGGCCUCCAUAGGCAUCAUUCAACAAUAACUGCUGCGAAGUUGGAUCCUGAGGUGGAUAUAAUGCACUAGUGUUGUGACUGCACUUCGCAACAAUUCAUAAUUUUGCAAGGUUCAUAGGUUUGUCAAGUGCAAAGAGUAGUAACUUCAACAUUUUCCCAGUUUAAUGAUUAGUGACAAAAAAGCAAAACAGUGCUGCAGAUUUAAAAGUAUAAUAAUGGUGUUUCAGAUUGAUCACAAUCUAAAUUUCUUCUACUAUUCAUUUGUUAUGGAUACUGCAAAUACACUGUUUUUUGUAAGUAGCUAUUUUUUUCUUUUAUCUCAGAACUGUAUGAGAAUCCUUCUUUUAAUAAAGAGUUGUGAAAAAUACUGAUUUAUAUUAGUGGUCUCAGCAAGAUAUCAGUUAAGACCAAUGGGGUUUUCAGAAUUGGCAAAACUGCUUUUGACAAUGCAUCUUCCCAUAGAAAUCUCCUAAGAACCAGCUAGUGACUCUGUUCAGCUUCUGAGACUUCAUAAGCUUGCAGUUUGACUUUGGUUUGAUAUGAGAGAAUGUACUUCAAGAAAAGGCGACUUUAUGAAGAUGGGUGGUGAUGCUGGCUCUUCAUUUCCCAGUAGAUAACUACUUAGCUUUAUUAUGUCGCUUCAACUUCACCAAAAGGUAAAAUGUCAUCUUCCCCCCCACCCAGUCUCUUGUUAAGUAUUUUAUUCUUUCCUCUUAUGUGUUUUUUAAAAAUGUUUAUCAUCAUAGAAUAUCAAUUAUUUGUACCUCCUUGUCUGUUUGCACUGUAUGAUUAAAUUCACCCUAAAUGCAAA